GCGCGCUCACCUCUCCCAAGCCGAGGUGUGCCAGCAGCAGCCGCCGCCGCCGCCGGAGAUCCGCAGCCAAAAGGGCAAAGGCUCAUUCGCCGCUGGGAAAGGUCGCGAGGCCCUAGAGCGGAGGACGUGUGCGCUGAAGAUCCCGGCUUUUUCCGCCAGCCUCAGGGCGUGGGAUCCCGGCACGUAGCACCCAGCGAUCCCGGGAGCAGCAGCGCCCCCCGCAACACAGCGCCGGCUGGAAAAGGGAGCAGCAACAGCAGCGGCAACCGGCCUUUUCUCUCUCUCUUUCUCUCUCUCGCCUCUCCCACGUGUGGAGCCGGCUGGCUGUAUGCCGCCCAAGCGGGGCAUUUGCAGCCGGGGAGGUGUCGUUUUAGAUCGCCUCGCGGCCGGAUCGCCCGUCUCCACGCGCGCGCUUGGCUCAGCCUGAAUGCGAUUCGGCGGCAGCGGGGCGAGGAAGUAGGAAGUAGUCACAACACCAUCGCCGGCCCUGCUGCUCAUGUGCCGCUCCAUCCAUCACGCCCGGAGGGGGAUCCGUUUACACUAGCCCGGAAAACAAUCCGAAGCGAGCGCCCGGGAACGGACGCGCCACCAAGGAACGGCGCGCGUUUUGGAGAGCCUGCGCCUGGGCCGCCCAAGGAAGCCAACUACUGCAAAGAAAGAAGGCUGCAUUUUCUACCUCUGCCAGACCCAGUCUCCAGCGCUGGCCCCCCUGAUGGCAGUUGGCACUUCCCUGUAAAACCUGCCAAGCUGGACGCCACAGCUUUGAACGACUGCACUUUGGCUGCCACUGUGCCCUCUCCUGAGACAAGCGACCAUGCAGUCCUAGCCUGUAAUGAAGAGCACUAUGUAAGCGAAGCCGUGGAAAAUGACCCAUCAGACUACAGGGAGUACAGAGAUGCUGGCACCAUUACUGAUGUGUGCAAUAGUACAAAUCUUCCCGAAGUUGAAAUCAUCAGUCUGCUCGAAGAGCAGCUACCACACUACAAGCUAAGAGCGGAUACCAUCUAUGGUUAUGACCACGACGACUGGCUUCACACACCUCUCCUUUCUCCUGAUGCUAAUAUUGAUUUAACAACAGAGCAAAUAGAAGAGACACUGAAAUACUUCCUUCUAUGUGCUGAAAGAGUGGGCCAGAUGACUAAAACAUACAAUGACAUUGAUGCUGUUACACGUCUUCUUGAAGAGAAAGAGCGGGAUUUAGAAUUAGCUGCUCGGAUUGGCCAGUCCUUGUUAAAGAAGAAUAAGACUCUGACUGAGAGAAAUGAACUCCUUGAAGAACAAGUAGAACACAUCAGGGAAGAGGUUUCUCAGUUACGUCAUGAGCUGUCCAUGAAAGAUGAGCUGCUUCAGUUUUACACCAGUGCUGCUGAAGAGAGCGAGCCGGAAUCCAUCUGUUCAACUCCGUUGAAGAGGAAUGAGUCGUCUUCAUCUGUCCAGAACUAUUUUCAUUUAGAUUCCCUUCAAAAGAAACUUAAGGACCUUGAAGAGGAGAACGUUGUGCUUAGAUCAGAGGCUUGCCAGCUGCAGACCGAAACCAUUUCUUUUGAAGAGAAAGAACAGCAGCUUGUCAACGACUGUGUGAAGGAGCUCAGAGAUGCAAACAUCCAGAUUGCAAGUAUCUCUGAAGAGUUGGCCAAGAAAACGGACGAUGCUGCCCGACAGCAGGAGGAAAUCACUCACCUUCUCUCUCAGAUAGUGGAUUUGCAGAAAAAGGCAAAAGCUUGUACGGUGGAAAAUGAAGAACUCAUCCAACAUCUGGGAGCAGCUAAAGAUGCCCAAAGGCAGCUCACAGCAGAAUUACGAGAGCUGGAAGACAAGUAUGCGGAGUGUAUGGAAAUGCUUCACGAGGCGCAGGAAGAGCUGAAGAACCUUCGGAACAAGACAAUGCCAAACGCCAUAUCACGCCGUUACCACUCCUUAGGCCUUUUCCCCAUGGAUUCCCUGGCAGCAGAAAUUGAAGGGUCAAUGCGAAAAGAACUGCAUCUGGAUGAUCCUGACAGCCCUGACUUAACCCAUCACAAGAGAGUCUUCGAUGCCGUGCGAAACAUCAACCAAGUGGUAAAGCAGAGAUCUCUAACUCCCUCUCCAAUGAACAUCCCUGGGUCUAACCAGUCUUCAGCAAUGAACUCGGUCAUUUCUAGCUGUGUCAGCACACCACGAUCCAGCUUCUAUGGAGGAGACCUUUCCAAUUUUGUGAUAGACAACAAGACUAAUAGCAUCAUCCUAGAAACUGACUCUACUGACUCUGGAAAUGAAGAAAAGAACAAAAAACCUGGAACCCCAGGAACCCCUGGCUCUAGCGACCUGGAAACGGCACUUCGAAGGCUGUCUCUUCGGAGAGAGAACUACCUGUCCGAGAGGAGGUUCUUUGAAGAAGAGCAGGAAAGGAAGCUGAGAGAACUGGCCGAGAAGGGUGAACUCCACAGUGGCUCCCUUACUCCAACGGAGAGCAUCAUGUCGUUGGGAACUCACUCCAGGUUUUCCGAAUUUACUGGCUAUUCAGGAAUGUCCAUCAGCAGUCGCUCUUACCUCCCAGAGAAGCUUCAGAUUGUGAAGCCCUUAGAAGGUUCUGCCACUUUGCACCACUGGCAACAGCUUGCGCAGCCUCACCUUGGGGGGAUCCUUGACCCACGGCCCGGGGUUGUCACUAAGGGCUUCCGGACUCUUGACCUCGACCAGGACGAAGUAUACUGCCUUAACGAUUUUGAAGAAGACGAGUCAGGUGACAUUACAUACAAGGGCCUAACUACCUCGCCGUCGAUGCAUCACACAGAGACCUCAGGUGAGAGGUCCCAAGCACAAGUGACUGUUUCAGACAGCGAGAAUCCCCCAAGUCGCUCUCAGGCUUCCCCAGAGGAGAUGCAGGAACCCGCGACUGACGAUGAUGAGGGGUCUGGACAGAGAAUGCUACGGACAUGUGAAAAGCUCCGCUGUUGACUGCUGGAGGAUGCUGUUUCCCUAGUGGUAUAUUUGCAGGAUCCAUCCUUGAGCUCUAGAAAUUGAUUUCCCUUUGGUUCUCAAUGUUAUGCUCCUCUUACUGGGCUCAAUUGCUACUUUUAGCAGCCUUUUCCUAUCUUUCUUAUUCAUUCAUAACAAUGAGUUUUAAUUUUUAUCAGGGCAAUUGGAUUUCUUCUAAUAUAAUUCUAUGGGAAAACAAAAUUGGUGCCUUUUAUAAAGUGGAUUUUGCGGGGAGUAUAGUCUCUGCAUUUCACAGUUGGAACAAUCACCUAAUCUAAAGCUUGCAUUGCUUUGGUCUAUUUUAAUUUGUCAUCUAGUGCUACGCUUCCUGUCUUACUUUAAUUUACAUCUCAAGUGUUCAGAUACUUUCCUCCAAAUAACUUUUCCUCUCCAUUUUGGUUAUUUAAGAUUUUCUCCAGCAUAUUUUAACCUUCUGCUUAUUCUCCAUGGUACACAGAGAAUCAUGAUUGCUAGGCCCAGUCUCUCCCUCCCUUAUAUAUUAACCAAUUUACCUUGCUUACCCUAAUCCCUGAAGCAUCAGCAUCAGUUCUAGAGGUGAUGUAGAGAUUUCUUUAAAAACAAACACAUUGUCCUGAGAUCUAUGUGUUAACCAUUAAUAGAAUUCAUAACACUGUGUGUGAUGGGGCAGAUCUUGAGUCACUUUUCACCUGCCUAGACCCCUUCACUUAUCAGGCUGUCUCACUUUCAUCCAGGCAAUUCCUCUCUCAGGCAGGGAUGGGGACCCUCUGGAUCUCCAGGUGUUUCUGAACUACAUUUCCCGUCAACCCCUGCCACCGUGGCUAACAGUAAAGGCUGGUGGGAGUUGUAGCCAAACGACACCUGGAAGGCCAAAGUUUCCCCUCUCCUUCUCCAAGGCCUGCAUAGCUACACAUGAGUCUUCUUAGUUGUGUCGUGUGUGCAUGCCUCAAGUCAUACACUAAAUGGUAGUGACCAGAGAAAAGGACCGUGUGUGUUUUCUCAGCCUCUCUAGAAGUUUGGAGUGGCAUGUGGAUGUGAUGUAUCUGUUCAAAGCCAUGUGUCAAACUGUUGUAUAUGUCCUUUCACCCUAAACUAUGUGUUUGGGGAUGUGUUAAAUGUUGAGAGGAGGAGGAAGAAGAUCAACAGUCACAGGAAACCUCACUGGCAUGUUUUUUUGUGCAUGUUUUAACACCACUAACUUACUAAGGCUUGUUUACUGAAUAAGAACCUAUGCAAUCAUGAGAUCUUUGCUGUCGUAACGAAAUGGGUUGUACUCCAAGGAACAUUUUGGAUGCACAUCCUUCGAAUUUCUGAAUCGCUUUGCAACAAAGGGACUUAACCAUAAAGUAUGUCACGUGGCAGAAGGGGGAGAAUUAGCACAGCUCCAGCAGCCCAGGACACAAGGGGAGUGGAAGUGGCAUUGGUUAAAAUGUGGCGGCACCCUUAUGGCUUCUGCUUUCAAGAUACCAACAAGUACUCUCUUUCCCCCGUUCCUCUCAUACAUAUAAAUUCUAAAUUGCCUUAAUCCUCCUCCCUCGUUUGCCGUCUCUAUUCAUGUGGCCGUGUUGAAUACAUAUUUGCUUCCCUACUCUCAAAUUCUCUUCCCAUUUUUUUCUUGCAUUUGCCCUGCAUACCAUAAAGACACACGCAGGCAUGCACAUAGCUCCAUACAGCAUGGUGUGUGUUAAUUUUCCCUUUUUGUUUUCAGGAAUUUAGAUGCUCACCCUUAAGCACAUUCCCAGUAAUUAAAAUUACAGGCCACAUUUAAAGUCCUGCGAAAAAUAGAAAAAAAUUGUUUGUUUGUUUUUGCCUGAUUUUGAAAUUACAUCAAAGUAGGUAUUGGAUGAGUUGGACGACCCUCCCUGGGGAGAGAGACCAUUCAUUCCAUAGUUAAGAUGCCAUCACCAAGAAGGCCCUGCCCAGUGGCCACUUUGCCACCACUCAGAUGACAGGGAACCCCAAAAAGUACCCUCAGUUGAGGAUCUUGGUUCAUAGGCAGGCACAUGUGGAGACAAGCAGUUCUUUGAGCACCCUGAUCCCGAGUCAUGCGCAGGUUUGUUUAAAGGCCAAAAAUAGCACUUUGGAUUGAGCCUGGAGUCAAAGCAAUAGGCAAAGCAAGGGGAUGACAUAACUGUAAUGCUCAGUCCGCCUAACAGCCUUGCACCUGUAUUUUAGGUUUAUUUGCAGUUUCCUAACCAUCUUCAAAGGCAGCCCCGCAAUAAAUGCACUGCUGUAGUCUAAUCUACAAGUUACCAGGGAGCAUGAAUUACUGAGGCCAGGGUGUAUUUGUCCAGAUGGGUUGACACCUGGCACCCCAGCCUUUAUUCUAAGGCAUACAAUGUAGGAAAUAGACCCCUGGAAGAUGAUAUAAACUGCUACUCCACAUGGCGGGCCCUUAAGACUUGCAGCUUUCUUUACAUCAGCAUUCUUCAACCUGUGGUUCUUUGGAUUUUGUUGGAACUGCAGCUCCCAUCUUCACUGACCAUUGGUGAGGAUGGUGAGAGUUUUGUCCUGCCGCACCUUGAGACCCAAGCUGAGAAAAGGCUACAUUGCAUUCGUUAUGCGCGAGGCUGUUGUAGAGCAUCAAUCCCAAAAAGUGCUCCUUCCAUUCACAGAGAAAAUUGCACCUGCCAGAGGCUUCCACAAAUUGGGCUGGGGGAUUUUUUCCCCCAGCUCCCUCUGUAGCCCCCUACACCAUUUCCCAUACUGAAGGUCUACCGAUCUUCUGAAUAAGAUUUUUUUGCAGGAUCUGUUGACCUUGGGACAUCCCAUUCCGUGCCAUGGAAAUUUACUCCUGGAACUCUGGAUCCAGCAGAAUAUCUGUUUAGAUUGGAUAGUAGAGAACGACACAGUGCUUGUCUCUCUCUCACACACACAUCUUUCUAGGCUUGACAAAAUACAACUGCAUGUUUUUAUAAUGUAUGUAAGAAUAUGCAUUGUGUUAAAAUGUGGACAGGGUUAAGAGAACCUUAAGCAGUGUGACAUACUUCAUGGCUAGUUUCAGUUUGCAUUCUACAGAUGCACUCUAUAGCAAUUUCUAAACACAAAUUAAGGACUUGUUCAAUGAACUAUAAAAAAUAUUGUUAUGAUCUAGGGUGCCGGCAACUGUGUCCUGCUGCAGCACUUUAAAAUUGCGGGAAACAUAUUUCCCUUUCUGCUUAACAUAUGACCAUAUUUUUAUGUAUGACAUAAUUGCUAUCUUGUGCAGCUGCAGAUGGUUGUGUCUUUGGUGGGGGGGGGGAGGGGAAAAGGCAAAGAAAUGUCGCAGAUGGACAGUAGUGGUUCCAAAAUGGUUACACCAGUCUCCAGGCACAAAAAGAAACACACAUGUGUUCUGUUAUGUACAUAUUUUAAUGUACAUAAUAUUUACUGCUGCCUCUCUACUGGAAUCCAUUACUGAAACGAAAGAUGACGGGAUACUUUUGCUUGGAUCAAUAUGGGGGAAGCUGAAAUGCAUAAGCAUUUCCGGGCUUUGCUGAUUUCUUUCACAUGCCACCAAGGUCUUGUCUACCGACUGGACUUGUUUAAUUCUCCUACCAGCGUUGCCUCUUCAGAAAAGACUAAUGUGGAGAUGGAUAUUGAGGCCAAUUCUUAAAGUUGCGGUUGUGGCAUGAUUACCAUUCCUGCUGUGGCUCCUCUGGCUGCAACUUUGGCAAAGUUAGAACAACUAAAUCAGUGGGGGAAUGUUGACAAUGUGAUUAUUGGGGGGAAUGACAGUAUGUUAAUUAACCACAUCACUAGCCCCUCUCAAAUGAUCUUGCUGUUCUAUUCCCCCCCCCCAGUGGAAUAACAACAACAACAAUAAUGAUGUUAUUAUUUAUGCCCUGCCCACCUGGCUGGGUUAAUGAUAAGCCAACCACCACGAGGAAGGAGCCACUAUGCCACUCAGCUGGUCUGUGAACACAUUAUGUUACUUACCGGUAAACUUGCUAGGAGGACUGGGCUUCCUAAUCCUUAAGGCGUCAGAGCCUGUUUUUGAGCCCUAACAAAUACAAGAACCGAAAAGGUGUUAACUCUGAUGACGAUCUCUCCUCCUGGAGAUGGAUGUGUUCCAUUUCACCUUCCCUGCAUCGAUCCAGCGAGAAGUAUUGCAUUGCUUGUCCAUCUGUUUGAGUGCACAGAGCUUUUCUCUCUUUCCCCCCUUUUAUAUAUAAAUGCAAAGAAUGUUCUAUUCUUUUUAAUGUAGUACAUCAUCCUGGGAAGUGCAUGUCACAAACCAACUCCACCUUCACCUUCACCACCUGCCGCAUUCUGCACCCUUCCGAUGAGCUCACACGAGUCACUCCAAGGUAAGGGGUUCCAGAGAGCUGUCGUGCUCCCUGGGGCAGGGGAGUGCCUUAGCCUAGAAGGCAAGGGGAUUUGGAGCCAUGCCUAUAUUUCAAGGUUCUCCACUUUCUAAACUUCCCAUCAGAUCACAUCACCAGCUUGCCUUAAAUAUACGCAGCGCUUAUUUAUCCAGAAUCAUCCAAGAAAUCUAACAUGUCUCCAAAGUUGAAGGACACAAUGAGAUUAAUGUCACUUUGUGCCUCAGAGUCAUUAAUAAAGCCAGUGGCUUUACAGUCAAACAAAGAUAACAGUAGUCAUGUCUUCAAAUAAUUGAAACUACAGUGGUACCUCAGUUCUCAAACGUAAUCCAUUCUGGAAGCCCGUUCGGCUUCCGAAACAUUCAAAAACCAAGGCAAAGCUUCCGAUGAGUUGCAAGAGUUUUUGGCACUCAGCAGAAACCGCAUCACACUUUCGGGUUCUGAAAAACGUUUGAAAAAGGAAGCAUUUACUUCCGGGUUUUUGGCGUUUGAGAACCAAAACGUAUGACAAUGAAGGUGUUUGGGAACCAUGGUACCACUGUAAAUUAGUGUGGCAAAAUUGGCAUCAUCUACAAAUCGGAGGAGAGGGAUUCCUAACAGUAAGAAUUAGCCAGGUGUGGAGUUUUUGUUUUUUUAAAAAGUACUACAGUUGUCUGUUAAAUGUAAUUUUACACUAAAGGUCCCUCAAGGUCCUAAAAAUAGAUAUAUCCAAGGGUUUGAAAUGAGUUGUCAUUAUUAAAAACUCCUGUAAUAACAACAGACAGUUGUCCACACAGUUGUUUUGUAGCAGUGUAAAUGGCACCGUUGGGACGUGGGUGGCGCUGUGGUCUAAACCACAGAGCCUAGGGCUUGCUGAUUAGAAGGUCAGCAGUUCGAAUCCCCGCAACGGGGUGAGCUCCCGUUGCUCGGUCCCAGCUCCUGCCAACCUAGCAGUUCAAAAGCACAUCAAAGUGCAAGUAGAUAAAAUAGGUACCGCUCCGGCGGGAAGGUAAACGGCGUUUCUGUGUGCUGCUCUGGUUUGCCAGAAGCGGCUUUGUCAUGCUGGCCACAUGACCUGGAAGCUGUACGCCGGCUCCCUCAGCAAAUAAAGCGAGAUGAGUGCCGCAACCCCAGAGUUGUCCGCUACUGGACCUAACAGUCAGGGGUCCCUUUACCUUUAAAUGGCACCGUGACACACAAGUUAAAAAUUAAAGAGUUAAUAAAUUGAUAGAUUUUUCUACUCCAAAGUCCCAUGGAGACAUGGAAUGGAGCCUCCCAAAAGAAAGCAUGGCCGGCUGGCUCCACAUUACAAAAUGUUGUCGAGCCUUGCUUCAUGUAAAAAUAAAGCCGGUCUUUUGAAUGCCUUAGCGAAGAAAUGGAAGAAAUAGUAACACACACCAUGAUGAAACCUGCCGCUGCCCCACUUUACGAGGGGCACCUGCCCUAACAAGCCAGAGGAUAUGAUGUAGAUUCCUUCACAUGGAAUUUCUGCUCUCCCUCACCCUUUUCUUUCUCCAGCCCGCAUAAAAUUUGCCAUUGAUUUCAUGCUGAGAAAAGCUACAAAUCUAGCUGCAAUUCCUUCUCCGCCUUCUCAAUUGAACUUCUGGCAGAAAUCUCUAUUGCUUAAGAUGUGAAUUUUUAUUGUGACAUUAAUUUCAUUGGAAAGUGCACUUGCUACUUCCCUUAGCUUACCCUGAAAUCUACACUUUGCUCUCUCUGAUGGCCGGAGUGGGGUGGGGGUUGUCUCUUUUAUUUACUGCAUUGGCCUGAAUAUAAGCCGCACCCGAAUAUAAGCAGCACCUUUAAAAUUCGGGGGGGGGGAGUCAAUACCCGAAUAUAAGCCGCUCCCUUAAAAUUCCGCAGGCAAUCACACCCGUUCCGUUUACUGUAUGUCUGUUUCAUCAGCGAUAUCGUAAAAGCCAAUUUUUGUAAGGUCGCGAAUUUAAGCCGCAGUUUAACUUUUCGCUGUCGGAUUUUUUUUGCGGCGGGAGUGAGGCUUAUAUUCAGGCCAAUACGGUACUUCGACAUUCACUGUGGAUUCAGAACCAAAGUGCUAUCAAUGCAAGGGGUUGGAGUAGCGGAGCUCCUUAAACUCUGAAUGAUGCUUCUUCACAGGUCAUGUGAGGAAGACGAUGAGACUGCUUUAUGUCACCUUGUGCUGAGAGGAGAUGUAGGGCACACAAUAUGACCAGCGUGGCAGGGGGUGAGCAGCGCUACCAGCAGCCUCCUUGCUGGCAGAGUCCUGUAGAAGGAAUGUUAGUGUUUUAUGGCACCAGCUAACUCAAAGACUUCUGAUCAGUCCCACCUCCCUCUUUCCAUUCUAACCUAACAUCCUAACACAAGGUGGCAUUCUAACCAAAACUCUUAAGAUCCAUAUAGUGAAGUGCUGGUUUUAACACUGAUUUGAAAGCACAAUUGCUCUCUUUUUUGGGUCUUUGUUUUCAGGACACAUUUUGAAUACCCUGCCUUCCUCCCUCUAACAAGGCCCUGCUUUUGUUAGCAUAGGGACGAUUACCAAUUUAGGAAACAACUGGCAUCCUCCCUUGCCAUUGCCUUGUUGAUCAACUUUAGCAUAGGGAUGCUUGUUCCAAUAAUCUGAAUAAUAAUAAUAAUAAUAAUAAUAAUAAUAAUAAUAAUAAUAAUAAUUUAUACCCCACCCAUCUGGCUAGAUUUCCCUAGCCACUCUCGGCAGCUCCCAUCAUCAUCAUCAUCAUCAUCAAGCGAUAAAAUAUGAAACAUUAGAAACUUCCCUAAACAUGGCUGCCUUCAGAUGUCUCCUAAAAGUCAGAUAGUUGUUUAUUUCCUUGACAUCUGAUGGGAGGGCGUUCCACAGGGCAGGUGCCACUACCGAGAAGGCCCUCUGCCUGGUUCCCUGUAACUUGGCUUCUCUCAGCGAGGGAACCACCAGAAGGCCCUCGGAGCUGGACCUCAAUGUCCGGGCAGGACGAUUGGGGUGGAGAUGCUCCUUCAGGUAUACUGGGCCGAGGCCGUUUAGCGCCUUAAAGGUCAGCACCAACACUUCGAAUUGUGCUUGGAAACGUACUGGGCGCCAAUGUAGGUCUUUCAGGACCGGUGUUAUAUGGUCUCUGAAAUGUACCUAUUGUUGUUUGUGCAGCAACCUCAGCUUAUUUGAUGCUGUGGAGAAGAAUGCAGGUAGACAUUCCCGGGCCUGGUCCCAAGGAGUUUGCAGUUGAAAGUAGUUAGCAAUUUAUCUCGGGGAGUGUGGUGAUUGAAGGAAGUACAGGAAAUUAAAAAUGUGUUAAGGCAGGGGUCCCCAAACUUAUCUCGCCGAGGGCCGGUGCCUCCAGUGCUGAUCGUGCUGUGGGCCGGAGCGCGCAGGAGUGCGCGCCCAUACAUAUGCGCACACGCAAUUUCCAGCGCACUUCCGGGUCGCCAGAACACCGGAAAUAGUUUGUGCGCAUGCACUUCCUCCGGCCUGGAAGCACGCCAGAAAUGACGCUUGUGCAUGCGCACAAGCUAUUUCUGACGCUCCGGGGACCUGGAAGUGGGCAGCUGCAGCGUGCUGUUAAGAGCGGGCGGCGGCAGCGGGCAGGGGGGUUGCCGGGGGCCGCAUAAAAGAGCCUCGCGGGCCGCAUCCGGCCCCCGGGCCUUAGUUUGGGGAAGCCUGUGUUAAGGCUAUAUAAAUAUUUACUGGGAGGGAAUGUUUAUGCACCUGCCUUAAGCCUUUCUAAAUUUGAUAUGUUUGGUAGCUGCUGCUCCAGGACUUGAGCACUAUUGAAUCUGACCUAAAUGCCCCUUGCAUGGGCAAUAUUUGAGUAUAGUAACUUCCUCUUAAGUAGGCAUUCUUAAAGAUUUUGAGAACAGGCUACUCUUGGCAAAGGUUAGAGAGGGUAAGAUUCAGUGCAGAUGCCCAACAACUCUUAUGGAGGUAUCAAAAUGAACUUCUUUCCCACGUUUAUUUUACAAGCCGUUCCCAGCACCUAGUUAGCACGUAUAUUGCUUGAUCAGGAAGACUAAUCCAUAAAUCCAUUUUGGGGUAGAAAAGACAAGGGUAAAGACUGCAGCCAUUUACAGAUGGUAAACAGAAAGGGACCUUUUUUAUCCCAGAUUUGAUGUGAUACUCCCUUGUAAAUUAGCCCAACUAUUUUUAUUCACGAAACAAAGUAAACCCGGAUUUCCUGGAAUACUAGAACACAGCCGACUCUCUUUUGUGAAUCUUGUACAGCAUCACAUGCCCAAGAGUUUUUGAAAGUUCCUUAUUUGAAAAUAGAAUGGGGUGGUUAUCUCCAGGCUCCUUAGUUAUUCACUUAGGUCAGGCAUCCCCAAACUGUGGCCCUCCAGAUGUUUUGGCCUACAACUUCCAUGAUCCCUAGCUAACAGGACCAGUGGUCAGGGAUGAUGGGAAUUGUUGUCCAAAACAUCUGGAGGGCCAAUGUUUGGGGAUACCUGACUUAGGUUCUGUUGCUUCCUCCUUUAUGCAAAAGAACCUGCCUGCUCCUUCCAAGUUUGAGAUUAUGUGGAAGCUAUCAUGUUUCCCUUCCAGUAAUUGCUGCAGAACUGCUCCAGUCUACCUGCCAGCACUAGCCUAGGACUAAUAUCAAGGAGUAUUUUAAGCCUGGAAUGAGUGAGAAUGGACAAGCUUCUCUUGUUAGCACUAGAGCUUGUAAGCAGAUUUUGUUAAACUUUCCUUCUGCACAAAGGACUGAUUCAAGAGCCGCAAGAACAGCAGGCGGCCACCUAUAAGUACCAGUAGCUAAACCUAGGGCAAGAUCAUAGGCAAUGUCUAUAAAAAGAAACAUUUGUGUACGCACAAAUACUCACUGUUGCACGCACACGUUUGUAUUUUUCAUGUGCAGUGCUUUCACAUGUGACAAAACCUUGACCACAUUUCCCAGGGGCUGCAGCAGUUUGCAGUGACUUGUAGUGACAUUCCCCUGCUGAGAGCACCUAGCACAGGCAUAGGCAACCUUCCGCCCUCGAGAUGUUUUGGACUACAGUUCCCAUCAUCCCUGACCACUGGUCCUGUUAGCUAGGGAUCAUGGGAGUUGUAGGCCAAAACACCUGGAGGGCCGAAGGUUGCCUAUGCCUGACCUAGCACAAAGGAAUGCUGGUUUCCUGUUCACCUGACCCAACAAAAAUAUCUUUAACCUGCAACCCAGAUGUAAUAUUUUCUGCCACUUUCCCCCUGUAUGUGUACGAUACAGUGGUGACACGAGUUCAUUCCACCCCAGCUGCCAUGUUAAACAAGCCAUGUGGAUAAUUGUCCCUUAGCACUCUUAACCAAGUUGCUUGACUUUUAUCAACAACUGGAAUUACAGCUGCACUCCACAAGAGGGCAUAUUUGCUAUGCAGCAGGGAACAGGCUGCUGUGAUGACCAAGUUCUGUGUACUCUCAAGUUCUUUGGCAGCUUCUCAUGACAAUAUUAUUAUUAUUAUUAUUAUUAUUAUUAUUAUUAUUAUUAUUAUUAUUAGGGGAGAAUAUACAUAGGUGCAUAUGUUGAACUGGCUUCAUGAGUUGUUCAACAUGCAGCCCAAUCAAUGUGAAUUUUCGGGAUAUGUCGCUGUGUAUCACAUUUAGUGAUAAGGACGUGUCCUGAAUGUUCAUAAAGUGUGCUUUAACUACCCCAUAAUUUCAGUUACGGCCCCAUAGCAGCCGGUGCAUGGGACUACGCCUCAAAUAAAUGUUCUUCUAGCAGCUCCUUCACAAGCCCCCCACACCAAUUUUCAAUGGCAGAAUUAUAGCAGGGUAGAAUUAUUACCUUUUUUACAAGACCCUCUUUAACCCGUGCCGAAACAGCAGCUGUGUGAGCCGGUCCCACGACAACCUGCUCACACUAGUCUUAGAGGUCCCAAAAUGAAUUCUCACCAGUAUAUUUUGUAUCAACAGAGUGUACUGCAUUUUUUUCUUUUUCUUUAUAAGGCCCCGCUCCCCAAUUUUAUAUUUGCUCCAAACUGAAACUCAGUCAGUGGGAAUACAGCUUUUGAUUUUAGUGACGGUUUUGUAGCAAGUAUUCAUGGCAGAGAUUUAUGUAGUGGGAUUUGUGAACAUCAUAAUUCAUGCCCUUCUGCACAGUUUCUCUUGCCAUCACUGUAAUCAGAAUGUCCUGAUAAUAGAAACCUCAUUAAAUCCACCUUUGUUAAAGGAAGAACCAGCUAUUGUAACUUGCAAAAACUGACCAAGCAUAUUCUAGGUAAAGUCGCAUGCAUUUUUAGUGUGCAUAUUGCCUGCUCUGCAUCAUUUCAUGGGAAUGGCGUUUGAUGGCUAUUUUCUGACCUGUUGCCCAGAGUUUACCUGGUAGGAUCAGAAGGUAGAAUAAAAUAAAACAACUAAUCAGCAGUUGAUCAAACAAUUGCAUGGUGUGUGUGAGAAGCUGUGAGCUCGCAACCACCAGUAAUAAUAACCAGACCUCUUUUAGGUGGGUAGUAGCAAAAAAUGUAAGAAUCUGUCUCUGUACACAUUCUUGCUUAGCUGUGGGGUUUCCUUUCUACUGUAUGUUAAAUGGAAAUAAGCUGAUGAAAGAAAUUGAUAUAAUGUUGCUGCCCCAUUGUGCAUAGAGAACAAGGUUGCUGUUUGAAGCCACAAGACUAAGGUAGCUUUUGUACAUGAUCACAUUGUCUGGAGUUUCCCCCCUGUUUCCUCAACCAUAAUGUUGCCAAUUUGCAUAAUCUAGAAUGUGCAUUUGGUUUUAUAAGAACUCUGAUCUUCUGUAUUUCCCAAAUUUAAUAUCAUCCGGAAAGGUGCACAGUAGACUAGGGUUUAGACCAGGGUUUCCCAAACUUGGGUCUUUUGGACUACAAUUCCCAUCAUCCCUUACCACUGGUCCUGCUAACUAGGGAUGAUCGGAGUUGUAGUCCAAAAACAGCUGGAGAGCCAAGUUUGGGAAGCCCUGUUUUAGACUCAUGAGUAUGUGGCUUGUUUGCAGGAAGCUUGCAUUUAAUAACAUCUGCUGUAAAAUAGCAAAUAUAUUCCCUCCAUCCCCCUUUUAAUUAUUUAACCAAAUUAAUGUACGGUACCUCCUGGUUGUAAUUGGAGCGUCUAAGUAGUUUAAGAAGAAUAAAACAAACAUUAAAAUUUUCAGUAGAAGGGCGUUUAGGUCAAGCGUUCCUUUUUCACAGCUAGUGAUAAAGCAAAAUUGUUUGGAAUAUGUUCUGUCUGUGUAUCUCCCUUAAGUUCUGUUGGUACACUUACAAACAGCUGCAAUCCUAUUAUUAGAUUGUUAACCGAAGCAUUUACCUCUGGGUUUACGGCAUUGGAAAACAGAAGCAUUUGUCAACGGAGAUGUUCGAAAACCAAGGUACCACUGUACAGUCGUCCCUUGGUUUUCAAAUAGCUUAAUUCUCGAAUGUUUUGGCUCCCGAAUGCCGCAAAUGCCCAAAGGUUAGUGUUCCGGUUUGCGAACUAUUUUUGGAAGCUGAAUGUCCAAUGAGGCUUCCGUGGCUUCUGAUUGGCUGCAGGAACUUCCUGCAGCCAAUCAGAAGGCACGCUUUGGUUUUCGAACGUUUUGGAAGUCAAAUGGACUUCCGGAACGGAUUCCGUUCGACUUGCAAGGUACAACUGUACUCAAAUCAUUCCCGAGAAUGGUGGUCGAGAACUCCUGUUUCCUGCUACCUCAGACAAAUGUCGUCUCUCUAGCUGACCUUUAAUAAUCUGAGGCAAUUGAAUCGGUACCAAGUACAUUGUUAUAUGUGGGUUUAUCAAGCGGUGGCAGUUUGAAAGUCAGUAUUCCGAUGGAGAGGUUGACUUGUUUUUCUGUUUCCCUUCCCCC